UCUGCUCCGUACGUGGGCCGAGUAUAUAAGCGAACGGACGCGUUGUCACGUAACUGUUCGUACUUUUCUGCUCGGUGUGUCCGUACGUGUGUAGUUUAGUAGCGAUAUUUCGCGCAGUGUUGUGAUAAGUGCUACAGCUUGGGCUAUUGUGGAUUAUCUCUUUCUUCGUCUGAAACAUUCCUGUUCGAGGCGCCAUGGGGAAAGACUACUACAAAAUCCUUGGUGUUGCCAAGAAUGCUGCUGAUGACGACAUAAAGAAAGCUUACCGUAAACUGGCACUAAAGUAUCACCCAGACAAAAACAAGACUGCUAGUGCUGAAGAACGCUUCAAGGAAGUAGCUGAGGCUUAUGAAGUUCUCAGUGAUAAAAAGAAGCGAGAAGUGUACGACCAAUAUGGUGAAGAGGGAUUGAAGGGUGGAGCUGGAGGCAUGGGUGGUGGUGGCAGUGGAGCUCAAGGAGGAUUCUCUUACUCAUACCAUGGUGAUCCUAGAGCAACAUUUGCUCAAUUCUUUGGAGCCAGCAGCCCAUUCCAAACUUUCUUUGAUCUGGGCGGAUCAGGUGGAAAUAGAAUGUUUUUCCAUGAAGAUGACAUGGACAUGGAUAUGGAUCCCUUCUCUUCAAUAGGCAUCGGAGGCAACCGACCUGGUGGCCCUGGAGGUGCCUUCAGAUCUCAUUCAUUCAACAUCCAUGGGAACCAAGCAAGGAAUGCAAAAGACAAAAUGCAGGAUCCUCCCAUUGAACAUGAUCUAUAUGUCACUCUUGAAGACAUUUUGAAAGGCUGCACCAAGAAAAUGAAGAUUUCCAGAAGAGUCCUCCAGCCUGAUGGAUCAUCAAGAAAAGAAGAUAAAGUCUUGACUAUCAGUGUCAAACCUGGCUGGAAAGCUGGCACAAAGAUAACGUUCCAGAAAGAGGGAGAUCAAGCAAGAAACAAGAUCCCUGCAGACAUUGUCUUCAUCAUCAGGGAUAAGCCUCAUCCUCAGUUCAAGCGGGAAGGAUCUGACAUCAGAUACACAGCUAAAAUAUCUCUUAAAGAGGCACUCUGUGGUAUCAGGAUAGAAGUACCAACCCUGACUGGAGAGAGGAUCCCUGUGAAUCUUACUCACGAAAUCAUCAAACCAACCACAGUGAAGAGAAUCCAAGGUUAUGGACUGCCUUUCCCUAAAGAGCCAACCCGCAAAGGAGAUCUUCUGGUUUCCUUUGAUAUUCAGUUCCCCGACAAUUUAUGUCAAAGUGCCAAAGACAUCCUAUUUGAUGCUCUCCCUUGAGCUGGAUUAUUGAUAUCUUUAAGUGUCAUGUUGCCCCCUGCAUUGCUGUAACUCAGUACUUUGAACAAUACAAGGCCAAGUGAUGUGAGGCAUAAUUGAAAUUUUAUUUUGUGAUCUUUAUAUUUGUUUCUGGCAUUAUUUUUUUUUUAAACAGUACUCUAUACAUGCGAAAGUUGACCCACCAUAAGACUUGCUUUAGAGUUCAAGCUAAUUUGUAUCAUUAAGUGACUUGUUAUUUUGUUCCAUUUCUUCUUUGUUUAAUUUGGGGCGCACAACCAGACUGGUGACACUUCAAAUGUAUGAGACACGAUUCUAAUGGCUGUGAUAGUUAAAAUAUUUUGUGUGUAUGGGGUAGUAUUUAUGUGAAAUAGGUAGUCUAAAAGCAAUUGUUAGUCAUUUUGCUGUUAUAGUUAAAAUGUGGUACUGGCUAGUUGGUUGAGUUCAACCUUGUAUGUCAAGAGUGGGCAGCUGUUUACCUCUACCUGUAUACCCUUAAAAGUGGAAAAUGUUUGGUAUUUUGUUGGUCAUCUCUAUCCUUGGUCUUGUUUAAGUUUCCUAAUGUUCAUUGUAUGCCCUUUUCAUGGGAUUAGGUAACAGUUGUACAGGUUCCUGUAAGAGAGUAAGUGGUCACAUGACCAAUUUGGAGAAAGUUUGGUAAAGUGUAUUGUGGGCCUCGCAUUUGAGGACUGUCAGCACUGGUGGAGGAGGUAGGGCAUAUUGAAUCAAGGAAGGAUUGUUAAGACUGAGAUCAUUUGCUACCUCAGCUACAGGCUACAAAAGAGAGAUGAUGCAGCCAUUUGAUUACUAAUUGAUUCCUAGGUUUGACAUCAACCGUAGCCAUGAUUUGAUGUAAUUUAGAGGAUCUAAGGUGUUUGAGAAAAUAGUCAUUAAGGAGGAUUGUCAGCUACCAGCUUGACAUAAAAGGAUUGAAUUUAACUCAGCAUCACAUGUGUCAGUGACUGCACGUUUUAGUGCAGGUUGGUACAAGAUGUUUUGACUCUGUUAAAUAUCAUCCCCAAGUGUUUUACCAUUGUAAAUAUUUCUUAAAUCAUUUGUAU